AUGGACCCCUACUAUUAUUCUGUCCCUGGAGGAUCAACACCAACAUCUAUCUCUGCCGAGUUGUCGAGACAGCCCUCGACAAAGGCACCACCGAUGCCUCAACACCCACCGAAAGUACCUCAACAGCAACCUCAGAAGGUGCCAUCAAUACCACCAAUACCUCAAGUUCCAGCUAAGAGACCAACCUCUGUACAUGGUUCAACUACACCAAAUGUUGCGCCAAGUACCCCACAGAUGCAUCCGAUUACAAAGCCGCCUCCGCCACCACUAGCGCAACAACCACAACCACAACCACAAUCGCAAACACAACCACAACCACAAUCGCAAUCACAACCACAACCACGAGUGCACACGCAACCGCAACAACCAAUCAAUCAUGGUAAACCCACCUUAGAAAAAUUAGCACCGGGUACUCAGUUGACCGUGGGUAAGCACCAGGUUACAAUUGUCAAAUACCUGAGUGAGGGAGGGUUUGCACACAUCUACGUUGUUAAGACCAAUCCAAUGGAAAAUGGAACUGAAAUUGCUUGUCUAAAAAGAGUCAUAGUCCCCAACAAGGAAGGGUUGAACCAGCUAAGGGCAGAAGUGGAGGUCAUGCAAAGAUUGGCAAAUUCAGAUAAUAUUGUCAGAUAUUAUGAUUCCAAUGCAAGUAGAAUGCACAACUUGCCAGGCUGUUAUGAAGUUUUAGUUUUGAUGGAGUUAUGUCCAAACAAAUCACUAUUGGACUUCAUGAAUUCAAGGUUAAGAACUAAGCUAAAUGUUCAAGAAAUUCUGAAAAUUAUGCUCGACAUAAGCAAGGCCGUCUAUAAUAUGCAUAAGUUGAAACUGAUCCAUCGUGAUAUCAAGAUUGAAAAUGUUUUACUCGAUGAAAAUUUCAACUUUAAGCUGGCAGACUUUGGCUCAACAUGCCCAAUUUUACGUGUACCUAGGAAUCAACAAGAAUUCCAAAUUUUACAUAAUGAUAUUUUAAUGCAAACAACGCCUCAAUAUAGGUGUCCGGAAAUGAUUGAUUUAUACAGGGGUUUACCAAUCGAUGAAAAAUCUGACAUUUGGGCAUUAGGUGUAUUUCUCUAUAAAUUAUGCUAUUACACAACACCAUUUGAAAUUCCAGGUGAGUUGGCAAUUUUGCAUUCGGCUUACUCUUUCCCACCCCAGCCUGUUUUCCCUACUUCAAUAAAACAACUAAUUAAUAUAAUGCUACAAGAGAAUCCUAUCUUUAGACCAAACAUCUAUCAAGUUCUAAAGAAAGUGAUCAAGCUUGGUGGGUUCCCAGAUCAGGAAGGAUACACUGAUAUCUAUGGUCUCGGUGAGUACAAGCAGCCUGUAAAGGAGCAGACGUAUCCUGCAAUUGAGCCAUUCAAACCAUCGGUUGUGCCCAUGUUUAGUCCUUUCAAGGGGUUGCCAAUUGAAGCUAUUUCGCCUCCAAGUUCAGUAAUAUCGAACAGUUCCAGUGUGAAUAUGCAACAAACGCAGCAGGUACAACAAACACAAUCAGUUGCACAGGUUCCACAAAUCCCACAACCGUCCAUUAUUGUGAAUCCAACGACACAAUCUUUGAAGUCCAGCAAAUCAGUAUCUACUGAUACAUCAACGUUGGAUGACUUUGAGGAAGCCGAUCCGUUUGCUAUACGUGACAAGCCUACAACAACUUCGUCUUUAAAGUCAAUUCCCAGACUCGUUGUUGAUCCUUUGCAAUCACAAACGCAGCUCUCUACAGGCGGGGAAAUAAGUGACGUCGAUCCAGAUGGAGCAGAGACCAGAUUUCCUGACGUUGACAUUGAAUCGUUCCUGGAUAGCAAUGAGAAGAAUAAUACCUUGAAUGACACCUAUGAUAUCGAUGGUAGUUUGUUAAGCGUAAAGUCCAAGAGGAAAGGGUACAGUUCCAACAACCCGUUCCCUGUAGUUGAUCCAACAAAGCCACAGUUAACUGGAGGUAGUGUCAUAUCAUUUGAAGAUAUUAAGGAUGAUUUGAUCCCUAUAGAAGGAGCAUCGACUUCGUCAAAGCUCGAACUGAAAAGCAAUAGGAGAAGCGUGAACAGUUCAUCGGGAAGGCAGUUAAGUACAGAGCAACUAAGUAUGGAUAUUGUGGAUCUGAGUGAUUCCGAUUAG